AGGUGUUGAAGAUAUAUAUAAAGCUUUAUCUAAUCUAAAUCUUAGUAAGAAUAAUGAUAAUUAUAAAAAAAGACAACUUUCUAAUAAAAAAAUGCAAAAUUUUAAGUUUUCAGAAAAGAAAACACUUAAAAUUGAAAAAUUGUUAAAUAUUGAUGCAGCUAAUUUUACAAAUAGUUUAGAUAAAAUAAUUUUUGAUACUAAUUUUGAGUCUUCUAAAGAAGAAAAUAUUAAUUAUCAGAAUAGUAAUGCUAAAAAUAAUGUUGAUAAGAAAAAUUAG